AUGCACAAGAAGUGCUUCGCUGUGUUGCAGGAAGACGCAGAGGCUGGAUUGGAGCCGGCAGACUUGCAGACCCAAACCGAGCUUCCGGAGCCUUCGCUGCAGGAUGCUGUGGAUGUGAAGGUAUCGGUGAACCCAGCUGACGGAGUGCCAGCACGCGAGGCCAGCAAGAGCCGCAGUGAUGGUGGCAACCAUGAGGACCCUGGCCAGGUGGCUGAAGCGAGCGCGGAACCGCUCGAGAAGAAGCCACCAGUGAAGAUCAAAGGCACCAUCGCCGAGAAGAUCGCAGAGGCCGCUAAAGCCGAGGAUGAGAAGGCCAAUACUCAAAACAUAAGUCCCUUUGGUUGA